AUGGCAGUUAAUACUGUGGGUAGGGAAUCGUUCGACGACAUCUACCUUGACCUCUCUAAACAGCCCGGCAAAUGCAGACUCGCCGAGUCUGGUCUCGGAUGGAAGCCGUCAGGCGGCCAGUCCUUCACCCUCGACAAGGCCGAAUUCCAGAGCGCUCAGUGGAGUAAGGCAGCAAGAGGCUAUGAGUUGAAGAUCUAUGCGCGAAAUGCUGGCGUGGUGCAACUGGACGGCUUCAAGCAAGAGGUAAAGAGCUACGGUCCAAAAAGUGAAGCCUUCUUGGGUGCUGACAUUGCGCAGGACUUCGACCCGAUUUCGAAAUGCUUCAAGGUCUGGUACGGCGUACCGUUCGAGCAGAAAGAGCAUGCACUGCGCGGCUGGAACUGGGGCAAGAACGAGAUGGGCCGCAACGAGCUCACUUUCAACGUGCGCAAUCAACCGGCCUUCGAGAUCCCCUACACCGAGAUUUCCAACACCAAUUUGGCCGGCAAGAACGAGGUCGCCGUAGAGUUCUCAUUACCAGCAGACGAUGAGGACACAGGUACCAACGGACACCUGGGUGGCGCGCGGGGCAAAGGCAAGAAAAUGGGAGGCGCGGUGGAUCAGCUGACUGAGAUGCGCUUCUACAUACCCGGCACCGAGCGGCGAGCGAAGAACGAAGAGGACGGCGAGGAGCAAGAAGACGGCGAGGACGAAGAGCAGAACGCGGCGAACCUGUUCUACGAGACCCUCAUGAACAAGGCCGAGAUUGGAGAGGUGGCCGGCGACACAUAUGCCACUUUCCAGGACAUUCUACAUCUUACGCCUCGUGGACGCUUCGACAUCGACAUGUACGAGAGCUCCUUCCGGCUGCGCGGCAAGACAUACGAUUACAAGAUCUCUUACGAGAGCGCGAAGCGCUUCUUCCUCCUACCGAAGCCCGAUGACAUGCACCAGCUGCUCUGUAUUGGUCUGGAUCCUCCACUACGACAAGGUCAAACGCGCUAUCCGUUCCUCGUCAUGCAGUUCAAGAAGGACGAGGAAGUGGCAAUUGAGCUGAACAUGACGGAGGAGGCCCUCAACACGAAAUACUCCGGGAAACUCCAAGCUAAGUACGAGGAGCCGAUCGGAAGAGUUGUGUCGAAGAUCUUCCAUGGCUUGACCGGCAAGCGUCUCAUCCAGCCAUCCGCGGAUUUCUCCAGUCACCACCAGAUGAGUGGCGUGAAGUGCAGCAUCAAAGCCAACGAGGGCCACCUCUUCUGCUUGGAUCGCGCGUUCUUGUUCGUGCCGAAGCCGGCAACGUACAUCUCUUUUGAACAAAUUGCCACAGUCACCAUGAGCCGCGUGGGCGGAGCUGUUAGUGCCAGCCGCACAUUCGACAUCACGGUCACACUGAAGAGUGGGAACGGAGAGCAUCAAUUCUCGAACAUUAACCGAGAGGAGCAAGCACCGCUGGAAGAAUUCUUGAAAGCCAAGAACAUCAAGACGAAGAACGAAAUGGACGGUGACGGCUCGAUGCUGGCCGCGGCGCUUGCCGACGAUCCUGAUCUCGUGAGCAGCGACGAUGAGGAGGUCGUCGCAAGAGACCGCGGUAGCGCUGAUGAGGAUGAUGAGAGCGUAGAUGAGGACUUUCAGGAAGAGUCUGAGUCUGACGUUGCGGAAGAAUACGACAGUGAUGCGAAGAGCUCCGGCGGCAGCGACGAAGAAAUGGAGGAUGCGGAUGGCGGUGGUCGCAGUGAGAGCGAUACGGAGGCCAAGGUGGAGCGGCCGAAGAAGAAGGCUAAGACGGGCAAGUAA